UAGACAAGAAGGGAAAGACCAAGAUUUUGUGAUUAAUAUAUUAUACCACUACGCAUAUCAGACAGCACUUGUAGCGCCAGCACUUUUAACUCCUUCUGAUACAUAAGACAAGACCGCCAUGAGUUCACAAAAUUAUGAACGCGUUUAUGUGGAUGAACUUCAAAGAACCCCAACACGAGGGGUCAGCGGUAAUUUACCCCCCUAUCGAGAGCCUAUGCCACAUACAGGAGGGGUCAGCGGUAAUUUACCACCCUAUCGAGAGCCUAUGCCACAUACAGGCACUCACUAUGGACAGGCGUAUCCGCAGCACACAACCUCAUCAACAGUAGUCGUUCAACAGCCACAGACCACCAACAUGGUGAUGAGAACUCGGCCUAAUGACUACAUGGUCUGGUCUGUCAUCGGAUGUCUAUUCUGUCUCUGGCCUGUUGGAUUAUGUGCCAUCGCUGCAUCUCAAGAUUCCCGCAGUAAAGCUGAUAAUGGAAACAUAGAAGGAGCCAAAGCCAGCUCGCGAUGGGCAUUGCAACUCAACGCACUUAACGCCUUCCUCGGUGCUGUACUAAUCACUGUCUUAAUUGUCCUGUAUACGAUGGCCGGGAAGCAAGUAUCGGCUGAACUUAAUGGACACUGACAAUGCAUAAUGUUGAAAGCGGCAUAUGUUUUACUGUGUGUCCAGAUACAUAAACAACAGCUAUCAGUCGACAAUAAAGAUGCCGAAACAUAUGACGAAGAACUUAUGAGAUGAAAACUUACUAUAUAGACUGGCUUACUUGUUGUAAUGUCUGUUCUCCAAAUUAAACAUUUUUGUGGUUUUCGCUGAAACACUUUCCAUUAAUAUAUAUAUCGGUUUCAAAUAACCCGAGACCCAUAAAAUAAAUAAGGAUUCAUACCAGCUUUUAAUUCCUUUCUGCAUGAUUACAACUUUAUUGAUCAUCUAGGAAUUGCAUCUUAUAAAAUAAAAUGUUCCCGCUCCUUGUAUUUAAUCUUCUUUUAAACCAUUUUCUACUGAAGAAAUAAAAAAACAUUGUUAAACGUAAAGUUUGUAUUUUGAAGAUCAUGAAAUAAGCAUAGCAAUAGCUUUACAGACUAUUUUCUGUUUCUUUUUAUUUUGUAGUUUUACGUAUUCUUCGAAUGGCUUAUAUGUAUUGCAUGUGUUUUGUUACUCUUUUAUUUAGAGAAAAAAAAUCAAUACGUCCUUUUGCGUAAUCUGGCGAGAAUGGGAUGCAACUUUAUCAUCUGUUUCUAGGGGAAAUAAAAGAAUCAGAAUAUAAACGUAUACAAAA